AUGGGUUCGGCAUUGGGUUUCCUUUUCCCGCUCUGGCAGAGGCAGAGGCACUGGUGGACCAGGGCUGAGCUGCAGCUGAGCAGGGCUGAAAGAAGUGUGUCCACCGGGUGUCCGUGCAUGGGGCGGGUGUUGGAUCCCUGGCAGCCACCAUGGGUUGUGCCCCUUGAGGAAGGGUCUGCAGAGGGGACUGGAACUGAGUCCCCCAUGAGGAGCUACAGGACCUUGUCUGACUCAGUCUACUGGGGGUCUCAUCCCAUGGAGAGGGGUCCCCAGCACUCCAGGGGACUGAAACCCCAGUGGGCCCUGCUCAGGCCACUGGCCCCAGCUUGGAAAGACCAGGUUCUCCCACACCUGCUGUCCUCACAGAAAUCCUUCGGGGUCACCCUGAGACUGUGGGAUGUGCUCAUCUUGAAGGGCGAGUGGGUACUGAUGGCCAUGGCGCAUGCAUCAUUCAAAAUACACAGGAAGUGCUUCAUGGAGCUUUCCUGGAGCGUCAUCUGGGAGUUUCAGGAGCGCUCCCAUAACUGGGCCCUGGAGGACAACGAAGUCCUCAGGAUCCUUCAAACCUCCAUGAAGGAACUCACAAGGAAACACUGGGACUUGCCACCCCCAGCUGAGCUCAAGCAGAUGUCCUCUAGGGUGUCCCCUGGCAUUGGGCCCCUCUGUGAGGGGGACAGACUGGCUGUUCCCAACCCACCAGCUCAGCUCCACGAGCUCAUGCCAUCAGCCCCCUGGGACAAAAGCCUUGUCCUCCCCCAGCCUGGCCUGACAGGGCUGUCUCCAAGGCCCAGGUGGAGGCCCAUCAAUACCAAGGGGCUUCCCCAGAGCCCAGGGCAGCAGGCUGCUCUCUGAGGGGGCCAGAGGCUCGAGAUGAGGGCAGCCUGUCCCCCGGUGAGGUCAGGCUUCGUAUUACACGGAAACAUUUGUCUGGGAACUCUAGGCCACAGCUCCACACAGACCCGCUUGUCGGGGGUCCGUGUUUCCUGUGCUGCCAUUUUGAACACGGCUCCUGGGAUUCUGUCAGUUAUAUAUCUUCUGUGGACAGCAGCCCUGGAACCACAAGACGCACCCCGCCCAACGAGCCCACUGGGACCGCGACACCAGGCCCUGCCUGGGUUUAUGACAGGGAGGAGGCACUUCGAGAGAUACCCCUGCAACAAGGUGUCCCCUGCCUGA